CUCUUUUCUAUAUGAAGAGUCGAUAAACGGAGAGUCCUGCAGGGAAUCAUGUUGUCUCGGCAGAGUUUACUUUUGAAUAAUGUUGCCUGCAGGAACACUAUUCUCAGAUGCUGCAGUAAAAAGGCUUUCCAGGAUAAGAACCAUGUUGCCCGUAUUCCAAAUCCAGAUGAAAUACAGGAAGAGCAUGAUCGGCCUCUCCCAGUUAAGAAGAAGAUACGGACCAAAGUCACUACACCCCUGUUAAAUGUCAUGUUUAAGAGAUUUGAGAAAUUACUGGAAGACACUGUGCCUCGCAAAUUGUUUAAAAAAUACACGUGGGCCAAGGAUGGUAUGUUUGAUCUUAAAGAAGAUACAAAGAUAUAUUUUGAUGUCAGCAAGCGGAUAAAUAAUGGGGACGAAUUCAGCACAUUUACAAGAAAAGAGCUAUCUGUCUACAAUCAGUUACCCCUGGAGAUGAAAAAAGCAAUUCCUUUAAUUGUACUUUGUGCAGCACCAUUCGGAUUUUUUUUCCUACCUGCGAUGUUUCUGUUCCCUAAAUAUACUCUAACGAGCCACUUCCUUACGGACCAGGAACUACGACAUGUACACACUAGGAGACUAUAUUGGAGACUGCACUGUUUUCCUAUGGCUAUGGACUGUCUAAAAAUACAGAUCAGAAUGAUAACCGACCAACAGCAGGCUUAUAACGCCCUCAGGUCUCUUAUUAUAAAGGUAGAGUAUAACGCCCUCAGGUCUCUUAUUAUAAAGGUACAGUAAACGCCCUCAGGUCUCUUAUUAU